AUGUCCUUGCGUAUACUUUCUAUUAGUGACUGGGCGGUCGAGUUCGGUUCCCCACUGACGACCAGUGAGGGGCCCGAAGGUUUGGGUAGGGAAGCUAUGGUUGCGUAUGAUCGAAUGGCUGGGUCGUUAGGGGGUUCGAGAAGUUCGUUAAUUACAAUAGCGUUUUUAUUGUUAGCUAGGUUUUUCAUUUUACUCAUGAGUUUGUUUAUAGAAUUGGUAUUUUGUUCAAGAAGUUUUGUGUGUUCGUCUAUCUUAGUGGACCAUGCUUCGAGUGAGGGAGGUGCAGGUGACGGGGGGACAGCGGUAGGCUCUGAAGGAGCAAGAAAAGGUGGGAGGGGUUCUAACUGUGUCGUUAACAGAGGUGUUUUAGGGGAGUUGGAGAUAGCUAUUUUAUACAAAUUAUUCAUUGAUUUUUCUAUGAUAACUUUAAGUUCUGUUUUUAAGUUUCUAGAGUUCCCUAGUGCCUCUCUACCUUUGUCUAACCAACUUUUCGCCUCGGUGUGCGUUGUUUGGUUAGAAUUAAUGAGGCGUGACGAUACAGGACUGGUAGUAGGUGCGGAAUCCUCGGGAGUGAGUGAAUUUUAA